AUGUUUGAGAAAUACCAGCCUCCUCGCAGCUACGGCAGCAGCGGCGGUGCCUUGAGCCUCACCGGGCUGGAGAGCAUGUCCGCGGCCGAAAAGACAGCACGUAUCAUGGCUGUAGCGAACGACAUGGCAGCGUCGAUAAUAUAUAUCGCCAAACAAGCCGAAGCCGGCAACCUAACCAACCGCCAGAUCAUCCCGAUCUAUAACUUCAUCGACAGCAUCCUGGGCCUCGAGCGCAGCCAGACGAAGAGCCUCAUGAGGGAGCUGGAUAAGCAAGGGUCGCAGAUCGCGCUGAUGGAGAAACAACACAGCAGGGACAUCGAGGAGCUGACCAAGUGCGCAAUGGAGACAAUCACACAGAUGAAGCUUUUGCCUCCCGCGACACAAAAAAAAAAAGGCAGAAGAGAUGAAAGUAAGCAGAAGAGAUGGAAGCAGAAGGAAGAGGAAGAACUCGUCGGGGACAAGGAAACGCUGCUGGCGGCGCGCAGGAAGUUCGUCGACAGCUGGGAAUUGCAAGACGCUGGUUGGCGCGGCGAGGACGGGGCGAAGAGUUUUACCUCGGCAUCUCGAGCGGCCGGCGCCCCAGAAGGAAAAACGCAGCAGAGGGAGGCAGAGGCAGAGGCAGAGACGGUGGAACCAGGUCGAAAUAAUAUUAUUCCAGUCAACCCCGUAAAAGCCAUAGCCAGAUAUCUUUCCUCUGUUUCUGCUGUGCCUGUUUCUGACCAGCAUUCAUCAUUCAUCCAGCUCUCUUGUGCCUCAAUAUUCCAUACGGCCGACAGUAUGAGCAGUAAGGGAGACUUCGCCGCCGUCAGGCGUGAUAUCGCUGCCCAGAUGAAGCAGCCUGGGUACGAUGAUGGAAGCGCAGGCCCUGUCUUCGUCCGGCUCGCAUGGCAUUCUGCAGGCACAUAUGACAUCGAGAGCGACACGGGAGGCUCGAACGGCGCUGGCAUGCGCUACGAGGCAGAGGGAGGAGACCCAGCCAACGCCGGACUGCAGCAUGGCCGCUCAUUUCUCGAGCCCAUCAAGGCCAAACACCCCUGGAUCACAUACUCCGACCUCUGGACGCUCGCCGGCGUCGUUGCCAUCAAGGAGAUGGGCGGCCCCGAGAUAAGCUGGAUGCCCGGCCGGACAGACUUCGUGGACGACUCCAAGGUGCCUCCUCGCGGCCGUCUUCCCGAUGCCACCAAGGGCAGCGACCAUAUCCGACACAUCUUCUACCGCAUGGGCUUCAACGACCAGGAGAUCGUGGCCCUCUCCGGCGCCCACAACCUGGGCCGCACGCACAUGGACCGCAGCGGCUUCGAGGGGCCCUGGGUCAACAACCCAACCCGGUUCUCAAACCAGUACUUCCGGCUGCUCAAGAAGCUCGAGUGGAAGCCUCGCACGCUCUCGAACGGGACGAAGCAGUUCAACUACGUCGACGAGGACGUGCCUGAGGAGGAGCGCGAGGAGCCGCUCAUGAUGCUGCCGACGGACAUGGCCCUGCUCUCGGACCCCGAGUUCGCGAUGUGGGUGGACAAGUACGCCGAGGACAAGGAGCUCUUCUUCGACCACUUCUCCAAGGCCUUCCACAAGCUGAUGGAGCUGGGCAUCAAGCGCAACGCGCAGGGCGAGGUCAUCAACACCGACAACGUCCGCGGCGGAUACAUCUCUGCGCCCAAGAAGAGCGACCGGCCAACCGCGCCAGACCAGGCUCCCAGGGCUCAUCUAUAG